ACCGGGGGGGGGGGGGGGGGGGGGGGGGGGGGGGGGGGGGGGGGGGGGGGGGGGGGGGGGGGGGGGGAGAUGACGGGCAUGGAAGGGCAUACCAACAGAUGCUUCUUCAGCAACCUGGCAGUUCGCCGCGUGCUGUGCUUCCCAGCCACAGCGAGAUUGCGAGCAUGCAGGCGGUGGAGACCCACCAUGCGGAGUUGACCGCGGAAUUGGAGGAGGUGAAGGAGGCAUGCGCUCCUUUGGGGUCCUCAUACGCAGACCGCAUCAUCAAGCGUGUGCAGGCCUGCAUGCAGCACAUGCUUGAGCCAGCUCACUGCGCUGGGUUCUUACUGAACCCCCGCAUACGAAAUGUUCACUACUUUUCCAGCGAGGUGUUGGAGUACCAUGCUUGGCUUGUGAGGCAAGCCAAGAGGUACAUCCUGACGCAGACGGGUUUCGAGUUGGAUGGUCCGGAGUACCUCCUUGCCUGCCGACAGUUCGAGGACUUCCACAUGCAGCAUGGCGUGUUUGGUGAUUGGGGCGGGGUGGAGGGGCGUGCUUGUAGGCGCGCGUGUAGCGGUGACACCGGGACGAUCGAGUGCGCGUUUUGGUGGUCCCAAUACGGGGCUAGGGCGCCUGAGUUGCAGCGGUGCGCUCUUCGUGUGAUGCACAUGUGGUCCUGCGACUCUCCAACGAAGAGGAACUGGGCAGUCCACGAGGGCAUCCACACGAAGAAGCGCAACCGGUUGAACUUUGAGAAGGUCGUGCAACUCGUCGAGAUCACCGCCAAUAUGCGGUUGACAGAGUAUCGGCGGGCAGGAUGCGGUUACGUGCUGCCAUGGCAGCGUGACGAGGGGAUGCUGGACUGCCAGGCAGGAUUGGAGUUGGAGCCGGUGAGCACGGGCACACGCAAGGGGAUGACGGAGGAGGAGAUUGCCCAGCAGGUUGCGCCUGUUACGCGAGAUCUCAUCGGGGCUUCUGCACCGCCCGCCGCUGAUGCAGUUUUCGCGAGACGUGCUUGCAUUUUCUGUUCGUACCCCAGGGACGAUGACUCGGAUGAGGAGCGUGCACCCGAUGGAGUAGAUGACCCUGCGCUCCGCAUCCCUUGUGAGAUUGACGAGAUGCACGAGGAGGCCGAUGACGCCGAGAAGGAGGGGGAGGUGGCAGCAACGGAGCAGGAGGCAUCAACCGUCGGGACAACGGAGGAGGAGGUGCCAGUACGAGUGACGACUGAGGAGGACGUAGCGGCGGCGGCAGUGGAGAUGGAGGAGGAGGUAGCUUGGGAGGGGGACAUAGCAGCAACAAUGGAGAGGGAGGAGGAGGUAGCGGCAACGGCGACAUUGGCAUCCAUUCCUAUGUAUCAUGAUGGUGCGGACGCCGAGGACCACCUCGUGCAACGCUUCAUCGCGGAGGAGGUUGAUCCAGUCGUGGGGGAUUUGACCCCGUGUAUGGCGAUGGAGCUGGGGAUUUCUCCUCCGACAGGGGGGGCGGGGUCGGAGAUGGGGACGCACUUCGACUUCGACAUGUCGAUGGGCGCUCCACCUAGUUGCGGCGGGGCGACAUCGACGGAUCGGGCGCCGUCACGGCACGACGGAGCAGGCGAGACGGGGACGCAGGCCCCGAGAGAGAGGAUAGAGGCGGCGUCCCCGGACACAACACGCGACAUCAUGAAGCGAGAGAGGACUCGACUUAUGACAUCGAGUAACCCGCGUGCUCAGGCGUUCGCACACGCCUUGGAGGAGGCGAGACGUCGAGAGACGGGGGAGGUUGGUGUGCAGGGUGGGGUGGUGGCGAUGGAGGACGUUAUGGAGGGAGUGAGAGCAGAGGCGGACGAUGAGGCUAUGCAGGGUGGGCCAAAGGUAGUGGAUGUCCCUGUGGAGGGUGGGCCACAGGCGGUGGAUGAGGUAGUGCAUGCAGGACAGGGGCGAGACGAGGGGGCUGGAGAUGCACGGCCCAUGGUUCAGGAGACAGCGACGGAGGGAGGCGCUGCACUUGGAGAGAGUUUGGGGGCGGAGGGGUUGGGGAUGCCUCAUGGAUCCCGGCGUGAGCAGACAAUCGCAGAGGCUAGUGCGAGGGUUGUUUUGUUGAGGAAGGGAGGAGGCCCUGUCACCAUUGAGGAGGAUGAUCCUGAGACGGUACCGGCAGUGCGGGAGGAGGACGAGGAUUAUAAGGGCGAGGAGGAGAGUGAGGAGGAGAGCGAGAGCGGAGACAGUGGUGAUGACGACGACAAUGAACCCCCACCUCCACCACCGACGGGUGCAUCUAGACGCUCCGCUGCGCUGACUUCUGCAUCCGCACGAGGGAGGAGGAGGUCGACAUCCGACACUCGAGGGGGUACGAGGAGAGAGAGUGGGAAGGGGAAGAGGGGUCAGUGACCGUGAGGCCAACACUCAACUUUUCCCCUACUUGCACUCUAUUUCAUCAUGUCGUGUGCUGCUGUUUUUUUUGUCGUGUCGUCUUGUCUUAGUAUUGUACUA